UUUUUAUAAUUUAUGAAAAGUUUACGUCAGUCACGGCUAUUAUAAGAGAAAUACUUGAUUUUGAUUGGCUGAAUGUUUUUGUUGAUGAUUGAAAUUAGAAUUGAUAAAAUUUAUGUUUAACAAUGUUAAUGUAAAAUCCAAAGACAAAAUGCACAGCGAAAAAGUGAUCCCGUUAGCCAUAUUGACUGUUAUUGCAGUAUUGUUACUAGGUGUAACUGGAAGCGAUAUCCACAAUGCUCUUAAAAGCAAAACAUAUCAAAUGGGACGAUAUCCAAAACCAUUUCAUAAAUCGUUGCAACAGCAACGGCCGUACCAACAUGUUAUUUUGUUUAAAAAUAGCGCCGGCGCGAAGAACACGAAAGUGACUAUUCAUAAAAGAACGUUCACUCCAAUCAUGCAACAUCAGAUCCGUGCAACAUCAGAUCCGAUGGACUGGAAUCGCAGGAAGUACUUAGUGUCUCCAUUACACCAUUCGGAAAACAAAAAGAGUAAAAUUAUAAAUGAUACUAAUACAUAUUUUAGGAGUUCUAAAGUUCCAAAAGUAACCAAAAGACUAGACACUCGAAAAAGUUUUGUAAUUUCUGCGAUAAAAACUGAAAAAGCUUCGAAGAAAUCAGGUAUUCGAAAUGAAACUCAUAAAAUACCUUUGAUGAAACUAAAUGUUUCGGAAAUAACUGGGAAAAGAAAAGAUGAAAUUGUUGGGAAAUACUAUUACGAGCCAAUCGAUAACGAUUAUUUUCCUUUUGGCGAUAAUAAAAGAACGUUUUUAUCGGUUGGUGAUAAGCAAUCCAAAAUUGCCGCUCUUCCGAAAGAAGGAAAUAAAAAUUUCCUGCAAGAUAAAGUAAUCCAGGGAGCCAAUAACAAGGAGAUUGUUUAUUCAAAUAACCAAUUGGAUGAAAGUAAACCAAUGGAGCUCUACCUUACUGAAAACAACGGAGAAGUGAAGAUAGCUGAUGGCUCUGCAACUCAGAAGAUUCUUGAACAUCAACACUACAACCAACAACUUGAAGAUUAUGUUGCAAAUUUGCGACAAAAAAAGGUGGGCCAUCCCAGCCAACAUAAACUGCAGUUUCAAGAAAAGGACAGAAAAGAAUAUGUCAAUGAAAUUUUGGGGGCACAAGCAGAAAACGAAGAAAAAGCUAGAGCAGCAGAUACAGGUUAUAAUCCGUCUCAACCUGAAGGUGUUGUUCAUUUUGCAGACCCGAAUGGACAAGAUCAGAGAAAUAAUCCUGCUCAAAGCGUUCCAUUUCAACCCGAUGUUGAUCACCAUGAGGAUGCUAUAAACCACGAAAAAAUGCAAGAGCCGCAUCUACAUGAGAUCCAUAAAAUUCCUCUUCAAGAACAAGGCCUAAAUGAAGGAGAUAAUAAGUACAAUGACGGCCGGCCGGAAGAACUGACGUACAGACAAAAUUGGGCCAACCAAGAAAACCAACAUCCAGAUCAAGAAAAUCAUGAUCCAGUUCUUUCAGAAAAGAUACACAACUUCCAUCGACUUAUGGAUAAAUUGCAUAGAGCAGUCUUAACAGGACGUAAAGAAGAACCGCAAGAGAUAAGUCACAGAGAUAAGGGAGAAUGGCAACAAAAUCAAGCUUUGUUUCAUCCAGAAGAAGAACGGUACAAUCAAGGAGAUGUCCCUCCAGAUUACGAAAAUAACCACCUAAAUGAACGAAAGGAGGAGAGUGAACAGGCAAACAUGGAAGAGAGAGAAAGAGAACGUGCAGCCAUGGAGCAUGAAAACGUUGGCAUGCAACAGGAAGGUGGUGGAACUGCAAGCCAGGAAACCGGACAACGUUAUCAGACUGCCUUUAAACUAACAAAGGCAAUUAUCAAUAGCGCGAGAGAAGUCGACAGUCCUAGCUAUCCCGGUUAUGAUAUUAACGUCAACGGUCAGAACCUUAUUCCUGAAGUAUUUGAAGCUUUUAGCAAGACGAACAAUGAUUUGAAACAAAGAUAUGAUGCACUGCAGAGGUGGGCAUUAAACACUGCAUCCCAAGCUCCAGAAAGUGAACUUCGACAGCAAAUUCGAAACUUGAACGAACUUUCCGACAUGGUAAGAUUGGUAAAUAAUCUCGAAAAAGACAUGUUGAAAACUAUUCUUAAGCGUAGAAAGAAGAUUCGAGAUGAUCAGUUGGGAUACAAACAUGAAGUAAUUCCGGACGGCAAAGAUAAUUUCAAAAAUCCUCAUCAACGCUUCCAUAAUCCAAACGAUGUUCAAGAUCUUCUACAGUAUAUUUAUGAUACGUAUAUUGAGAACAGAACAGCUGAUGAAAUCCCAGUUGUAUUGCAGGCCUUUCAAAAAUCUGUCACAGACAUAGUCGCUAGGAAAAAUAUGACUAAAACAAUUGAUUCGAAAAUGGGAAACGUGCGCAAUAUAACAAGAGAUUCUGCUCUUAUAUCAAAAUCAAUUGAAAUGUUAAAUAAAGAAGGAAGCGAAGAAAAAAAUGCUGAGAUUCCUUAUUCAUUGGAUGAUGACCCAACAGGUGACUAUGAUUACGAAGACAAAACGUCACGACAGGGUUUUUUCCUAGACCAUAAGAAAGAUGAAUCUCAGGAUCAUUCCCUUAGGGGAGAAAAAAGCGAUCGAAAAUUGAACAAAUUUUUGGAUCGCAGAAAUGAAAUGAAUUCCCCUCUAAUAACUGUAAAACUGUUAAAGGCCUUAGACUUGUUUUUGGACAGCAUCGAAAUUGGGAGAAAAAUUAAACGUUUCCGAUCUAAAGUUGAACAAGCUGCAAAUGCUGCUAAUGGAUCUGUCGUCUUAACCAGCAGUAUGAGACAUUCGUUGGGAGAAUUGAACAAAGAAAUUAAUGAAACACUUUCAAAGUCUGUUCAUUUCAGUAAAGGAAAACUCCAGGAUAAGCAUGAUGAGACAGAAAAACGACCAAUGGUAGCGUAUGGACCAAUUGCAACAAGUGGGCAGAACUGCACAAAUAAUCCUACGUCUGUAUACGAUACACCUUGCAGAAAAAGUCCUGACGAUAGUGACAAUAAUGAGGAGAAACCAAAACCUAACUUUAAACUUUCUGAAGAAUACAAUGGCCGCCCUUAUAAUGAAAAUGGCAUCUACUUCGAUCAACAUAAAGAAGAUGGAAAGGAUCUAGUAAUGGAAAAGGAAUGGUAUAAUCAUACCUUUAAUCCUUUGAAUGACACACAACACCUGUCACUUUCUAACUUUACUCCUACAGUAAAUGACUCAAUUGGACCCGUUGUCUAUUUGGAUUCUCCUCAUUCUCCUUACCAGCAUAUUCAUGAUCUUCAUGAAGAAGCACAUCAUCACGAUUAUACACAAAGCUCUUGGAAUCCUGGAAACAUUACAAAACUGAAUAAAGAGGCAUUAAAAGGACAGAAAUAUUAUAACAAGAGCAUACCAUACGACAAAUUAUUUGCUAAUGAUUCCUACCAUUCGUGGAAUCCAGCUAAUAUGACGGAACUGAAUAAGGAAGCCGUUAAAGGUGACAAAUACUAUCAUGAUCAAUACGUGAAUGAAUCAAACAACUUUGAUCAGGAAGUUCAAAAAAUCAUUGAUAGUGCCAUUACCGAAGCAAAAAAUGUUUCAGAAAUUGAUAAAUAUUAUUACAAACACGAGACGGAUACAAAUGACCACUUUGAGAAGGAAAGUCCUGUUGAAAAAAAUAUCUAUCCAACGGUGGUCAUGAAUAGUCUUGAUAACGCACUUGACAAAGGUGAUAAACAUGUCAACAAAGCAUUGGAUAAUCAUAAUAUAGACAAAGAAACGGUUAAUAUUACGAAUAAAUAUUUAGACCAGGAAGAUAGAUACAUCAAUAAUAUGUUUUACGAAGAAAACAAUGUCAGUAGUGGAAGCUUUCGCAACAAUGGAAGUAACACACAACAGAAAAGCUAUUUCCAUAGGGAUAUAAAUUCAGAGAAAAAGGACCAAACACCGGCUAAAAAUUCAUCGGCAUUAAAAAGUGCAUAUGACAAUAAACCUUUUCAAUUCAAAGAGAGUGAAGGCAUGAUACAAGGCGACUGGGACAAAAGAGACAUGGAUUUUCACCAAAAAGCUAACAGCACAAAACUAGAUGAUUCUGAUGUUAGUCAGAUAGAAAAUUUAAGGAAAUUGGUCAAACACUUGCAGGAUCAAAACACAGGAGCUGAGAAUUUAUCUUCGAAUGAGACUGAGAUGCUUAGCACUACUAUUAAGCAGGAAAAUGAAACCACACCACAAAAGACUGAAGUGAAAGACAGCGUUGAAGCAACGAAAACUAGAGUAGGAGCAGCAGGAGCUGCUAUAGUUGAACCAACAAUUAACAAAGAUGUUUUGAUGAGCUUCUAUGACCAGAGUCAUAUCAAUGACAAAAAUAAUGCACUUCAGUUAAAACAAAACACCAGUAGCGACGACACAAAUAAAAGUGACGAAGGAUAUGAUUACAUCAAGGAACAGGAAGCCAGCAGAGAGGAACAGCAGAAAAAUGUACCUGCGGAACCAUACUCGGCCAUUUCUAAGACGGUGGAGUCAUUCGAUAAGAGCAACUUCAAGGAGCUUGAACGAGCCAUUAAUGAAAUAAAAAAAAGCAAGAAGAGCUUGAGUCUUGUUCAUGAAGUUGUAAAUGAUGAGAAAACAAACCACGAUGUUGAACCAGAGCAGGAUAAAAAUGGUGAUAAAAGAAGUAUGAGAGCCAAUGAAGAUUAUAAAAAAGCUCAUGAUAUGAUCCAAGAAAUAAAUGAAAUAUCCUACGUUGACGACGACGAUGAACCAGCGUAUCAUAGAAAUGCAGUACCUGGAAAAAGGCAUUCUAAGAAAGCUAAAAUUGGAAGAAGAAAAAGGAAAUCCAAACAUCAUAAGCAUAAAGCAGUCGUGCAGAAAAGAAGUGUAGGUAGUAUUCUGAAAAGAAGUAGGAUUGGAAAAGGUUUUAAAAUAAUGCUGAAUAAUAAAAAAUAUAAAAGACAUCACGUUCACCAUAGAUACCACAAAACAAAACGAGCUAGAAAGAAGGCAAAAAUUUCAAAGGGCACAAAGAAGAAUGAAAUUGAAGGAAAAACAGUUCAGAAAUCGUUUCUUGACAAACUAACAAAGUCGCAACAAAAAUUAGUUUGGCAUAUUCUCAAGAGAGCAUACAUCAAGAAAAAAGACAACAUAACUCGUGUAUCUCAACCAGAAAUUAUUGCAGGUAAUGCAACUGACCCCAACUCUCAGGGGAAUAAAUCGGAGGAGAGCUUAGAUGCUAUAUUAAAAACAUUCCUUAGCGAUAAUCCUGACAAUCUAGAAGGAAUAAAAAUAAACAAAACUAAAACCAUAGAAGGGGAUACUAAAAGUAACGUGGAUGCAAGCAGCUCGAGUGCAUCAAACAAAGAUAGCAAAAAAGAGCCAAAGAAUCCAUAUGCAACAAUAGAAGAGACUCAUGGACCAAAAGAUUUUUCAUCGACGCAUGGAUACCCUGCUUUGACAAAUCCACAGGGAUUACCUAUACAUCCUCAUGAUGUUUAUGGCAUCCAGGUCGGACGACUUGUACCAAAUGAAGAUAAUCCAACAGCACAGGAUGGACAAAACAUUACACGACAAAACGUUAAUCAUGAAAUCUCCAACAAUUACUCAGAGAAUAGCACUGUAGAGUCAUACGAAGAAGGGAACAAGGAGCAAUUCUUUUUUAAAGACGGACCAAGUCAAUUGAAGAAAGAUAGAAAAUUUAAACAAAAAAGUAACUGGAAAACUUCAGAAAACGAAACAGAACUGAGUGAAGAUGAAAGUUCACCUGUUUCUCACAAUUUACCUGUGAUAAUGAACCAUCUUGACAAAGUUGCUUCUCACAAUGGAAAUGCAACUGUUCCCAUGAUUGAAAAUAAGGAAACCAUUACUAACGAGUUACCAGUAGAAGCAGAUGAAUCCAAUAUUGCUGGUUGCAGAAGUCAGAAUACAGUUAUCACAGAUGGGGAUGACAUUUUUAAUCUUCCAGCUGAGAAAUGUUCAAACCAAAAACAGAAGAAUCCUGUUGAAAGUGAAAAACACCAUGAAGGAAAGAAGACAAGUUUAAAUAACUGCACACAAAAUUUUAUAACAAUAAAGAAGAAUGGCUUUGAUUAUAAAAUACCAACUUUAAAAUGUACAAAAAUAAACAAGACGGAACCUUUAACUGGAGAGGUCUUACAUGUCACUGAUUUCCUGGCUGGUAACUACACAACCCCGGAACAAGAAAUAACUGCUGAUGGGUUUGCCCAACAGGUCAACAAACCUGACUGUGAUCCUAUCUACAAAACCGUUGUAGAUGGGGAUACAGCUUAUAAAAUAAACGUCGGUUGCAAGAAAAAUGUGGAACAAGUUUUCAAUGCUGCGAAGAAUCUUGAUGGCAAAAAAGUAAUACUAAAAAACGACACAAAACCUGCUAACAAAACAGUCGAUGUUAUAAGGAUAGCCACUCCUGUUCAGAACGAAAAAGUUAUUUAUAAGGGUAAAAAUUUAAUGAUGACACAAGAUGAUAAAGGGAGCGAAAAGAUUGUAAUUAAAGGUCCUAACAAAACAAUUGAAAUCAGUUAUCCUCCUGAGGAUGACAUUAAUGGAUUUAUCACGUUAAAACAAGGAAGAAGAUUAUACAAAAUACCUUACAAAAAUCAUACAGAUAUUGACGCACCAGAAACUCUUCUUGGAAAAUCAGCAGUUUCCUGGCUUCCUGAUUAUCUCAGAUCAGAAACAAACAACACUGAAACAUUUAAGGUUCGCGACACUGCAAUUACAAAGGAAACUCACAAAAAUGGUGCCAAAGUAAUCAAAAUGGAAAAAGAAAAAGCGAGUUUAUCAAUUUAUUAUCCUCCAAAGAACAGCUCCUUCAGGUACAACGACAGUGGUUAUAUGGUUUUACAGGAAAAUGGAAAGACCUAUAACAUCCCAUUAGACGGAUCGAAAACAUUAAAAGCAAUUGCAAAUAAAACCCAUUUUAACAGCAAGGCGUUCAAUAUGGAAAGAUUACAACAGCAGCAGAAAAUACAACAACAAUCCACUCAACAAGAAAACAUACCGGAGUUGGAAUAUCUCGAACAUACAUCACCAAUAAAUAUCAGUACAACAAACACAACAUUUGCAGUACCAGCAACAGUGAAGCAGGUAGAUUUAUUCAAUGGGCAAGAAGGACAGUCAACAAUGAAGCUGACAACUGGUGAUGUUCUGAACAACAUUCAUCUGGUAGUACCUGUUGAUGCAGGGCAUCUAACAUCUAUUGGUGAGUCAGGGGGUCCUGCUACCACGGUGAAUGAACCAAACAGGGAACUGACAAAUAUCAAAGAAAGAAGAUUCAGGGAAGAUAACUUCCGUUAUCGACCAAAAGCUUACAAAGCGGAUAAAUUUAGACAUCAAAAACAUUUGAUUGAAGAUCCUGGAAUGCGAUAUAGAAAUGAAGAUGAACGUGAAGAUGGUGAUCAGUUUCCACCAAGAUUACCACCUUUGGGUUUUGGACGGAUUGGUGAACCUGAUACGCAUCAUUUAGAAGUUUUUCCAACCAUAGCAAACAGAGGUGUAGACCUGCAAGAAUUCGCCGCUCGCCCACAAGAAGAUGAUGACGAACGUCAUGGCGGCAACAUGCACGACGACGAUCGUCGCGAUGAUGAUUCACGUGAGGAUGAACGGCAUGAAGAUGACAAACAUAAUGAAGAUGAUAAUGCUAAAGAGUUCCAUCACGAACCACGUCCAGAUGACGAUGAACAUGAUGACGACCAUGGAGAAAGAGAAGGUGACCAUGAAGAGGGUCAUGCUCACGAAGGAGAUGGAGAGGAACAUGGGCGCGAACAUGAGGACGAUCGUGAGCACGGACAUGAGGACGAGUACGGGCAUGGACACGAAGAUGAGCACGAGCAUGAAGAGGAUCACCACGAUGAUGAGCAUCAUGGACACGAUGAGGACGAGGAGUUUAUGCAUAACCAUGCAAGAAUGGAUGAUGACGAAAACGAGAAGAGACUGGUUGAUGAAGAUGAGGGAGAGAGAAGACCCCCAGACACAGAGAGGGAGCCUGAAGAUGAUCCCUUACAUGGAGAUGAUCAAAGAUUCUUUCCAUUAAAGGAAUCCUUUGCAAAUGGAGGUGGUGAAAUCGAAAAGCCAGUGCCUUCGUUAAUUAUUCCACCACAAUUGGUUGCAGGGGGAGCAAAUCUUCAAAAUAACUUGCUCAGUCCAUUUGCUCCUAGUAACCCCGCAAACGAAGGAGGCAGUGUAUUUGUUACGGGUACAAAAGUUGGUGACAGUGAAAAUGUGAGGGUAACUCCAGUUGCCAGUUCACUUAAUCCAGACAUCAAUGAUCGUGAACGCUUACGAGAUUUCAGCACCUAUGCAAUUGGAAGAAGUAUAAAAAGUUCAAAGAAGAAGACACAUGGCAUUGAUCCAAAAAAGAUUAAUCAAUUUGUCAAUCAGAUUAUAAAAGACACAAGGAGUAAAUCAGUUGUCCCAGAUGUUCGACAAUUCCCUUAUUACGCAAAAAUACCAGGUUUGGCGCUAAAACAACUUGGUCAUGCCUUUAACAGUCUCCAAAGAAAUGCUAUUCACCACUACAUGCGUGCUAAUACUGAUAAACUUGAUAGAAAUGACAAGAAGGACCUUAAACGAUUAGGAUAUACUGACGCUGAGUUAUCUCACGUUAACAAGCAAGUGAUUGGUAAAAAAAGAAGUCCAAACGCUAUUGAGAACAAUGUUGGAAUUGUUGUUAAUGGCAAAAAAAUGGGAAAUGUCCGCUUGAUACCCCAUUUCCAGUAAAUUCGUAUCCGUGAAAAAACACACUAAAUAACAUUCGUGUUGGGUAUUAACAGCUUUCUUUUUGUUGACAAGACCAUAGAAAGACUACAAAGAAAAAUAUUUUGAUAAAAAUAAACUUUUUUUUUCUAUAUUUGGAAAUUUACAAUCAUAAAUUACCGUAUUUGCAUAAUUAAUUUUUUAUGCGCGAAUGUUUGAAAGAUAAGCGAGGAAAUUUUCAAGCACAGGAUAAACAGCUUGUGGAAAGUUCGAUUCGUGAGUUUAAAAAAAUCUGCUGUUUGCUUAUUUUAUUUUUUAUUUUUUUUUGUUUUAUAUAUAUUUGUUUUGUUUUUUCACAAUUAAUUAAUAUGGAUUCACCUUAUCGUCCACCGCGAAGAAAAAAAUUUUAAAAUGUUUUUAAAAUUAAUAAUAUUGAACAACAACGUGAAACAAAAGCGUACGU